AUGCUCAAUAACAGGGAAAAAGAGAGCAAGACCAACGUCUAUCCAUCCUUUCUUCCGAAGACUAACUGGAUUCUCCAGAUUAGGAUUGCCACUACACUCGCAAUGCAAUCCGACCUCGUUGAUGGCUGA